AGGCGCACCGGAGCGCAGCCCCGCAGCCCAGCAUGGCUUCGGGGGACCUUUACGAGGUUGAAAGGAUUGUAGACAAAAGGAAAAACAAAAAAGGAAAAUGGGAGUAUCUGAUACGAUGGAAGGGUUAUGGAAGCAAUGAGGACACUUGGGAACCAGAGCAUCACUUGUUGCACUGUGAGGAAUUUAUUGACGAAUUUAAUGGCCUGCACCUCACGAGAGACAAGAGAGCGAAGCAUGGGAAGCAAGCGGUCACACCAAAAUUUUUACGAGAGAGCCGAGGCUCGUCCCUGGACAAAAUUUCACACAGACCAACUGACACUGGGAAGAGUAAAGGUUUGCCCCAUAAAAAGAAGCGCAUGGCCUCAGCUUUUCAAAAGCCAAAAAAGAGUUAUACAGCCAAGCCAGCAUCUUCAGGGGACAGAGCCACUAAAACCGUGUCUUACCGGACUACUCCAAGUGGUUUACAGAUUAUGCCCUUGAAAAAAACCCACAACGGCCUACAGAAUGGAGAUGCCAGUUAUGAGAAGGAUUCUAGACAUUUUGGGAAUGGCUCCCAAAAGCCAAACAUGGAUUUAAAUGAACAUGAAGGAGAACAUGACCUGCCUAGCGUUCUGGAUGUCAAUAACGAGACGCCUGUCAUGAAUGGAAUCGGUUCUUCCCUGGCUAAUGGAGGCCUGAAUCUUCAUAGCACUGUGAAAAGGAAACUGGAAGGGGAGAAGGAUUACGUCUUUGAUAAAAGGCUAAGGUACAGCGUGCGUCAAAACGAGAGCAACUGUCGGUUCAGAGACAUUGUAGUGCGCAAAGAAGACGGAUUCACGCACAUCCUCCUCUCCAGUCAAACCUCAGAUAACAAUGCACUGACUCCAGAGAUCAUGAAGGAAGUUCGGCGAGCACUGUGCAACGCGUCGGCAGAUGACAGCAAACUCCUGCUCCUCAGUGCAGUGGGCAGUGUCUUCUGCAGCGGCCUAGAUUACUCCUACUUGAUUGGCAGAUUAUCGAGUGACAGAAGAAAGGAAAGCACCAGGAUUGCAGAAGCAAUAAGGGAUUUUGUCAAGGCCUUUAUUCAGUUUAAGAAGCCGAUUGUGGUUGCAAUCAAUGGCCCUGCUCUUGGCUUGGGGGCUUCGAUAUUACCACUGUGCGAUAUCGUUUGGGCAAGCGAAAAGGCCUGGUUCCAGACACCAUACGCAACAAUUCGGCUCACUCCGGCUGGCUGUUCAUCUUAUACGUUUCCACAGAUCCUAGGUGUAGCUCUGGCAAAUGAAAUGCUGUUUUGCGGGAGAAAGCUGACAGCACAAGAAGCCUGCAGCCGAGGACUCGUAUCCCAAGUCUUUUGGCCCACGACAUUCAGCCAAGAAGUGAUGCUGAGAGUGAAAGAAAUGGCAUCCUGCAGUGCAGUGGUAUUAGAAGAAUCUAAAUGCCUGGUUCGGAGCUUCCUGAAAUCCGGACUCGAAGAUGUCAAUGAGAAAGAGUGCCAGAUGCUAAAACAGCUCUGGAGUUCUUCCAAAGGACUGGAUUCAUUAUUCAGUUAUUUGCAAGACAAAAUUUAUGAAGUCUGACCUUCCCGUCAUGCGCCUCGAAAGAGAAAAGGUUCCAAGAGAAGAGGGAUUUCCAAGCAUCGCCGGGUUUGGAAAACAGAAUUCAACAUCGAGUCCAGAUCCAGUAAAUCCUUCAGAGGAAUUUGUGUGACAGUGUAUCUAACAUACCUAUGGCUGUGUCAGUUUUCUUAUGAGUUACGUAGAGAAGUUUCAAGUGGCUGUUCCUAGCAGGUUCAAUUCUUGUUUGACAAAGGGAAA